AUGGACCUCACUCACUUUUGGAUACUGGGGACUAUGCUCGUGCUGACUCACCAACAUCAAGGUGAAAGCAGCUCCAUUCCAGGCUCGAGGUCAGAGGAGAGCCCCCUGACGCCGCUGCACCACACGGCCCAUCGGCGAGAAAAGCGGUGCUCCUGCGAGAAUCAGAAAGACAAGGAGUGUAUUUUCUUCUGCCACAUUGGCAUCGUCUGGGUCAACACCCCGAGAUCGAGACGGCAAAACAUAAGAAUUGUUGGAGUCCACGAGGGUCCCAACACCUGCACCACCACUGCUGUCGCUGCCCUGCUUAAAGAGACACUCGGGUUGGACAACGAGCCCCGUCUGGACCGGUCUCAUCGAACCGCUCCUCGUCAAUCAGCACCAGGAGAGCGCACGCGUCCCAGAGCUAUCGUCUGUCGGCUUCACUACUACAGCGACUGUGUGGACAUUUUACGCCGUGCGAGAGAGCGGGGACAGAUAAAGGUGCGUGAUAUGACCAUAUCUGUUUUCCCUGACUACACUGACGGUGUGGCUCGGGCGCGGGCUGCAUUCAAUGACGUGAGGCGACAACUCCGAAACAUCGAGGGCGUCCGGUAUGGUCUGUUCUACCCAGCGCGGCUCCGGAUCACCUACAGGGGAGCAGAGAAGGAAUUCACCUCCGCUGAUGACGCUGGACAAUACGUGAAGACCAUGACAACAGGGUAA